AAAUGAUUUCUGUCUUUCAUACCGUCUCUCCUUCAAGAAUACGUUUGCAGCCUAACCUCCGAAGUAAUUCUAUUGAGCAGCGGGAAAUUUUCUUUCACAAAAUCAGCAAAAUAUGGUGAAUAAGGUGGGAGAGGUAUUGGAUCUCUCCAGUAGACAUUCUGUGAAAAAUCAUUUGCCGGUUCUAACCGUGAAGGAAAUAGUUGAUCCACAAUCACACUCAUGUAC